AUGCCACGGAAUUCCAAAGCGAAAGAUGCAAAGGCGAUGAAACAAACGAAACUGUUCGAAAAACAGGAACUCUCAUCUACUGUUCAGUACCCAAGCCCUUCACCAUCAAAGGGGGUAACUCGUACUGGAGCUCCUGCAAAACGAAAACGUAAGGCAACUACGCAAGAUUCCUCCUCUUCAGAUGAAAUCUCUAGAAUCAAAAUGGCACCCCCAACCCAACCUGCCGUAGUUGAGAUAUCAAGUGAUGACGAUGAAUCAACAAGUAAUCCUCUACCGCCCAAAUCCUCCCACAACAAACGACACAUUCAGUUGAGCAGUUCAAGUGAAAACCCAAGUGAAAGCGAAGACGAUGUUCAGCCCAUCAGAAAACGGUUACGUAGAAAGGCAUCUCUCGAUACCAAUUCGGAGUCACCAGUUGACGCCAGACCAUCCAAGAAAUCAGGCCGUUUGCGUCGAUUAGGCUCUUCGGAGCGAGCGUCAUCUUCUAGCGACGACUUGAAAGAACUCGCAGAAGAAGUUGAAGAAGAAAGAAUAUUGAACACUCGACUUCGUAUCAGAGAUAAGACAGUAUUUCAGAAGAAUCUCGACAAAUUAAAAAGGCGCAAGCUUAAACUUGAAGCUAGUGAGGAGGACGAGGAAGUGGAAGAGGAGGUAGAUGCUUCCCAGCCGCUGAAGGGCGCAAAGCCUUCAGCAGAAUACGAUGAAUAUUCAGACGGCGAUAAUUCGCAAUCCAGUUUUAUUGUUGAAGACGAAGGGACUGUCGAAUUGCCUGCUGAAUUUAGCAUGGAGACCCAUCAAGAUUUGUCGCAUCAAUUUAAAAAGAUAUUUCAGUUUUUUGUGGUCAGAAGAAAGCUAUCCGGGCUAAGAGAUUCCCUCGUGGCGUCUUCGGUCUGGCGGCCUGAAUUCAUUGAACACCUUAAGAAAUAUCCUACAUUCGAAUUAGUCUCUCUAGAUUUCGCAAUACCAGCCUGCGACGCAUGUCACCUCGGCGGAAGAAUGUCGACACUCUUAGGUCGUCUUACAGGAUCUCCAUAUAACCGUUCAGGCUUCGUCGAGCAAAAACCACGUCGUUCGGAGGCAGCCAAAUGUAAGGAAUAUCACCUCGGUCGUUUCUGUGCCAAAAGAACGCGAGUGUAUCACGAAUUUUCUCAUUGGGAACAUUCUCUCUUUCAUCGCAUCCUUCAGGAAAUUGAUGCGCUUCACAAUGCUACGUCAUCGCGAAGCUUUCACACUAUAGGCUUUUCAGGAGCUAGAGCACCUCCCGACGACAUUUCAGAUGCAGAUGGCGUGUGCGACUGGCUCGAUGACCGAAAAAUAAUCGAUACGGAGUGGCAAAAAAUCAAGAACAUGAUGGAAAGUGCUCGGCAACUUGAACUCGAUAAAGGCAGAGACGUCGAUGAUUAA